ACAGGAGCAGUCAGUAGACCAAUUUGUUAUUUCCAAGAAUUAAUGAUGAGACAUUGUUGGCUCUACAUAUAAGAUAAAGCGUAUCAAAUAUUUAUCUCAUGUUAGCAGAGAGCUGUUGACAACCUUCAACUUGCACGACCUGCUUGGUAGUUACCAAAAUGGCUCCGAAAGGAAACAUCACACCCCGAACGAUAAUGGCACCUGCUGCCGCUUUUUGUAUGGCCUGGGUUCUAUUUGCCUACACGCGCCACUCCAUCAACGAGGCAAGAUGGAAUGCUGUAAGUGAGAGGGCAGCAGGACCGGGAACGGAGGCACGACCAAAGCACACAAACCCCCGACGGCGAGUCGAGUCAAGCCCGUCGACAGUGAUGAAGACAAUCAUCUACAUUUCCUUCAACCGUCUGUAUCACCGCGAUAACUUGCCUUCACCGCGUAGGGAAGGCGUUCAGUAUAUAUAAUCAUGUCUCGAUGUUAGGAACACUAGAAGUCGUAGAAGAGCAGAACUGUAUUCAAGGAGUGACUGCCAACUAAUUGCUCAUG